AUGCGCCACGCACGGGCGCCUUUUACGACGCGGCGGACGCGGCGCUUGGCGGCCGGAGCGGAGCGAAGGCGGCGUGGCGCGGCUGUGCCAAAGGGACGCUCGGGUGGCCGCGUCGCCAUGUCGCACGGGCACAGCCACGGCGGAGGCGGUUGUCGCUGUGCGGCCGAACGAGAGGAGCCGCCGGAGCAACGCGGCCUGGCCUACGGCCUGUACCUGCGCAUCGACCUGGAGCGGCUGCAGUGCCUCAACGAGAGCCGCGAGGGCAGCGGCCGCGGCGUCUUCAAGCCGUGGGAGGAGCGGACCGACCGCUCCAAGUUUGUUGAAAGCGAUGCAGAUGAAGAGCUUCUGUUUAAUAUUCCAUUUACGGGCAAUGUCAAGCUCAAAGGCAUCAUUAUAAUGGGAGAGGAUGAUGACUCACAUCCCUCUGAGAUGAGACUGUACAAGAACAUUCCACAGAUGUCGUUUGAUGAUACAGACAGGGAGCCAGAUCAGACCUUUAGUCUGAACCGGGACGUUACAGGAGAAUUAGAGUACGCUACAAAAAUUUCCCGUUUUUCAAAUGUCUAUCAUCUCUCCAUUCAUAUUUCGAAAAACUUUGGAGCAGAUACCACAAAGGUCUUCUAUAUUGGGCUGAGAGGAGAAUGGACUGAGCUUCGGCGGCAUGAGGUGACCAUCUGCAACUACGAAGCGUCGGCCAACCCGGCAGACCACCGGGUCCAUCAGGUUACCCCGCAGACACACUUCAUUUCCUAAGGCCGGCCGGGCGCCCACAGAGGUGCUGUGUCAGUGAAGAUGGGAAGGACGGAGAUGAGGCUCCAGCAAGAGUUGGCUGCCACAGCCUCUGCCAAGCCUUGUCCUUGGGUCUUGCUGCAGAAGCCUGGCCUGUGGGAGAUACCACACCACUGGGAGGGUGGAGUGGGCGCUGAGGGAUAAUCGUCAUUCUCCAGGGCACCACAGGAAUUGGGUCUUGGGCUGGGUGGCAUCUGUCAGUUGUGGAUAAUGCUUGCUUUUUCAGCCAGUGUGACCAUGGAAUCCCAAGUGUCUUGCUUUGUGGCAGGAUUUUUGUGUGACCUGUUUCUUGAAAAACGGAAACUCCUGGGCUGUAGGAAACCUUCUGACGCCUCAGGACUGUGUGUGUGAGCCAUCAGGAGGGUCUCCAACUAGAAACACUUGUCCCUGCUUGCUUGUCUCUUGUCAUUGCCCUGUCAUUGCUCAGCAUUCUUGUCAAGUUGCCCCGCUUGGAGUCGUCUGUCGUGCAAAAGCGUCCCAUGGUUAGAGCCGGAAAGGCAGAAGUCUCCUGAUGACACGUGAUAGCUUAGGGGGAAAGGUCUUCUGUCCUGCGGCCUAGCUAAGCAAUCUGGGGAGAGGGUGGAGAUGAUUUCUCUGUCUGUGGGUAAGCUGGUUCGUAUAAGAUGGAGACUCAGUUAAGAUCCCAUGGGAGGGCUGGGAUGUAGCUCAGCAGCACAGCACCUGCCUGGCAAGCGUGAGACCCUGAGUUCAAUUCCUGGUACCAAAAAAAAAGAUCCCCUGGGAACCUCCUUAAUGUUUAGUAGCUUCUAACUUGUGUUGUAAGCCCCAUGCCAGAAUUUGGAGGUCUCUUGAGUUCUGUUCAUGGCUUUUAUUCACUGUGACUCAUAAGCUUCCUAAUAAAUCCUUGCCAGACUUCA